GUUAUCACGGUGUUUAUUCGUGUUUGAAACGUGCUACAAUGACUCCUGAACCAAUCGAUCCUUUUAAGGACAUCUGGAUUAAACCAGUGAUGGACGACGAGCCGACGUCGUCGUCACGUCGUGGCGUGAAGACAUCCGCGUCACGACGGAUGUGCGGCUCGACGGAUUCUUCAACGGCGAGCGACAGCGACACCGCUGACGAUGCACCGUUGCUGCACGGCAGUGGUGGUGGUGGUGGAGGCGGCGGCGUCGGUGGUGGUGGUGGUGGCGUCAGUGGAGACGAUGGCACCAUGAGCCAGACGGUCCGAAUCGAAAUGCCACCCGGCGAGAAACCCGCCUCGCCACAUGACCGUUUCCCGAAAGAUCGCACGAAAGCCGUGCUUUCCUUUCUCCUACUGGCAUUUGCUGCUGUCCUAAAUGAGGUGGUGUUAUCGUUCGUCCAUGAGCGGGUACCUGAAACACCACCAUUGCCAGACAUUACAUUCUCCCUAGUACCAUACUAUCAAGAAGGUCUAAAAAUCUGUGAAUACAUUAUGUUAGCAUCAUUCAGCUCCGUAUUACUACUAAUGCUAUUCCAUCGUCAUCGUUGGAUAAUGUUUCGACGAUUGAUGAUGGUUGGUUCAUUGCUGUACUUGAUGCGAUGUGUCACUAUGAUCGUCACACAAGUUCCUGUAGCCGAUCCAAAUUUUUUGUGUUCACCAAAAUUUGGCGAGAACGGUACCUUUUGGGAUAUCGUCCUACGUGGUCUAAAAAGUGUUGCAGGCGUAGGACUAAAUGUCCAAGGCAAGGACACGCUUUGUGGAGACUACAUUUACAGUGGUCACACUAUUGUACUUGUUGUUAGUGCAUUAUUUAUGGGCGAGUACUCCCCAAGACGAUGGCGUAUUCUGCAUGCAUUUUAUUGGUUGGUAGCGUUAGUGGGUGUCAUAUUUCUGAGUAUUUUGGGGCUACCAUACGAUGGCUGCACAUCCCACAAUACGACUAUCAACCCAGAACCACCACCGAAAAGAGUUCUGGUUCCCACUAUUCCGAUAUAUGGAAGGCAGUGUAUACAAACCAGUACCACGACGAUUCGAUUGUCCAUUGCCAAUAAUGGCGCUGGAGAUGCGCGCGCAACCGCAUCGCCGCAGAGCAGCGCGAGUGCCUUCUCUGCGUCGGUUGAGUCAAGCAUAAAUCGUAACUUUAUGACCGCUACCGCACACUAUAAUACAACAGCAAAAAACAUUUGA